AUGCCCGAAAAGAGACAAGUGGGCCCCAUCCGCACCGAUAUUCGGUGGCUUCAUCCCAGGUCUUCAAUGUCCUCAGAAGCUGGAAGCACGUCGGAUAUACGAAAACAAAUGGGCACUAUGGCUAAGGAAGCAAGUGUCAACUCUGUCCGUAUUCCAGACUUCUUCUCGUCGAUCAUGUCUGUGGAGCCCGCCAUCAACAUUAAUUACGAAAAGGUGAAGAAGGAGGCCGACACUUGGAUUGCAAAGAUUCUCGGUCUCAAUGAAGCUCAGGCUCGAAGAAAUGUCGAAGCCAACUUUGCGUUCAUGAAUGCAAUAUGGGUCCCAUACGCUGAUGCGGAGGCAUACCGAACGAUGAUCGACUGGAAUAAUUGGGUUUUUGCCUUUGAUGACCAGUUCGACGAAGGCCAUCUCAAAGACGACCCUAUCAAGGCCAAGGAAGAGCUGGAUGCCACUUUCGCGGUGCUGGAAGACAAAGAGGCGCCAGUACAGCUUCAUGAAAACCCCGUCCGACAUGUCUUUCAAACCGUCUGGGAUCGCUUCAAACAGAGGUCUACAAGAGAGUUGCAGGAGCGUUACAAAGCCUCCAUCAGUUAUUAUUUUGCUGGUCUGCUAAGUCAAGUUAGAGUUCAACACUCCAAGUCGGCCUUGAACUUGACUGUCGAUGACUACAUGAAUUUCCGGAGAGCAACGAUUGGCUGCCAGCCAUCUUAUGUGCUUGUCGAAUUUUGUCAUGGCAUCAAUGUUCCUCAGGAGAACAUAGAUGACGAGAGCUUGAAAGAAUGUAGGCGUAUCUCGGCUGAUCUCGUCAUUCUCGUCAAUGAUAUCCUAUCUUACCGCAAAGAUCUGGAACAAGGCGUGGAGCACAACUUGAUUGCAUUGCUGAAAUCCCGAGGAUACUCUACCCAAGAAGCCAUCGACGAAAUCGGAGACAUGAUUGAUGAAUGCUACAGGGAUUGGUAUCUUGCUUUGGCGAAGAUGCCAGUCUGUGGAGAGAAUAUCGACAGGGAGGUCAUUCGGUACCUCCAAGGGUGCCGAAAUGUAGCCCUAGGCAAUCUUCACUGGAGUUACGAGAGCGGUCGGUACCUUGGCGAUGAGGGCUCUUCAGUCAGGAGAACGCGAGUUUUGCGGUUGAAAGACGCCUGA